AUGAGGUCACCUGAGAAAAAUGCUCUCCCAGGGCAGACGGUGGUAAUCAUCCCCUUGCAAGGUCAUUGCAGCUCACAGGAGACAGGAGACAGGCUAGGGGCCCUCACAGGCCCAGGCCAGAUGCUAGCCUAUGCAGGCAGUGUUGAACGGAGUCAUGCCAGUGGUUCUGCUCAGCGAGAGGGAGAGUGGGAGCCAUGCUGGGCAAGCUGCCAGGCAAAGGGGCGACGCGCGUCCCCAUUAUUGCGCGCGCCGCCGCGCCCUUCCAGGAGUCCUCGCGUGACUGGCGGCGGUGUCCGCACCUUGGAGGCGGCGGGCGGGCUGGGGUGCAGGGGACGCGCGCGCUCGCCCGGGGAUCGGGGCCCCUUUGGUGUCUGCGCCCCCUCUGCCUCUUCCCGGGCACCGAUCGCCGCCUUCCCGCCCCGGCUGGGGCCGCGGGCAGCAGUGGCCCCGGGCUCUUGGCCGCUGCCUGGGAGCCAAAGGGUCAGCUUUAGUUACACAACAAAGUCUCUUCGUCACUGCGAUCCGCCUGGAGGCCACAGCGGCCGGGCAGCCCGGGCAGGGGCCGGAGCGCCGCCGCCGGGGCCGAAGGUGGAAGAGAGCGCGCGAGGGGAGGGUGACCGGCGACAGGGUCCCCGGCGGCUGGACUUACUCGUGUCACAACUGCGGCGACGAGGGGCUGAGGAACCGGUUCUUCCAAAAACCAAACCGAAAAUGGGAAACGGAGAGGCCAGGGCAGCGCUAAGAGGGCUGCACUUUGCCAAUAAAAGUGGAAGAGGGAAGAUAAUGGCCUGAAUAGUGACGUGCCUACGGACAUAAAUGUACAAGCAGCUCGCUGGCGGGGAUUUUUGCGCAAGAACCUCAAAGAGGGCUGCCGUUUCCCGGGCUGUUUCUAAAUAAAUGUACAUUUAUUUCUCCAUAGAUUAUGAACAGUUCUAUUGUUCAAAUCCAAGAUGCGAUAAUGCAUAGGCUCCCUAAAACGGGACAUUCAUAUUUCAUGUAUUUAGAGAUGUUUAAAACCUUAAGAAUUAGACAAGAUGAAAAGACAUCCUUUUAUGAUCUGUUUUGGGUCGCCAAACAGGUAGGCGGAUACGCGAA